GGGUGACAGUGUUGGCUGGACAGCCGUCUGGACAAAGAGAACAGCAGAGAGAGAGAGAGAGAGAGAGAGAGAGAGAGAGAGAGAGAGAGAGAGAGAGAGAGAGAUCGGGGCAAGCUGAGGGGAAGACCCAGCAGCAGGGGUAUAUAUGCAGACUGAUCUGGACCGGUGACCCCAACUUCUUGAUUCCUGGGACACUGGGACUCAGAACCACAUCUGCUGACAGCAGGGAGCAGGAGCGCUGACGCAGAACCAUGGUGAUUCUUCAGCAGGGGGACUAUGUGUGGAUGGACCUGCAAUCUGGGCAGGAGUUCGAUGUGCCCAUCGGGGCUGUGGUGAAGCUUUGCGACUCUGGGCAGAUCCAGGUGGUGGACGAUGAAGGCAAUGAGCACUGGAUCUCCCCGCACCACGCCACACACAUCAAGCCCAUGCACCCUACCUCAGUCCACGGCGUGGAAGAUAUGAUCCGCCUGGGGGAUCUCAAUGAGGCCGGCAUCCUGCGCAACCUGCUCAUCCGCUACCGGGAACACCUCAUUUACACGUACACAGGCUCCAUCCUGGUGGCAGUGAACCCCUACCAGCUGCUCUCCAUCUACUCGCCGGAGCACAUCCGCCAGUACACCAACAAGAAGAUCGGGGAGAUGCCACCCCACAUCUUUGCCAUUGCCGACAACUGCUACUUCAACAUGAAGCGCAACAGCAGAGACCAGUGCUGUAUCAUUAGCGGGGAGUCCGGAGCAGGGAAGACAGAGAGCACGAAGCUGAUCCUGCAGUUCCUGGCUGCCAUCAGUGGGCAACACUCAUGGAUUGAGCAGCAGGUCCUGGAGGCCACCCCCAUCUUGGAAGCAUUUGGGAACGCCAAGACCAUUCGCAACGACAACUCAAGCCGCUUUGGGAAGUACAUCGACAUCCACUUCAACAAGCGGGGCGCCAUCGAGGGUGCCAAGAUUGAGCAGUACCUGCUGGAGAAGUCACGAGUCUGUCGCCAAGCCCCAGAUGAGCGGAAUUACCAUGUUUUCUACUGCAUGCUGGAGGGCAUGAGUGAGGAGCAGAAGAAGAAGCUGGGCCUGGGCCAGGCCAAUGACUACAACUAUUUGGCCAUGGGCAAUUGCACAACCUGUGAGGGCCGGGUGGACAGCCAGGAGUACGCCAACAUCCGGUCUGCCAUGAAGGUGCUCAUGUUCACCGACACCGAGAACUGGGAGAUCUCAAAGCUCCUGGCUGCCAUCCUGCACCUGGGCAACCUGCAGUACGAGGCCCGCACAUUUGAAAACCUGGAUGCCUGUGAGGUCCUUUUCUCUCCAUCUCUGGCCACUGUUGCAUCCCUGCUUGAGGUGAACCCUCCAGACCUGAUGAGCUGCCUGACCAGCCGCACCCUCAUCACCCGAGGUGAGACCGUGUCCACCCCGCUCAGUAGGGAGCAGGCGCUGGACGUGCGAGACGCCUUCGUCAAGGGCAUCUAUGGGCGUCUCUUCGUGUGGAUUGUGGACAAGAUCAACGCAGCCAUUUACAAGCCUCCCUCCCAGGAAGUGAACUCCCGCCGGUCCAUCGGUCUCCUUGACAUCUUUGGGUUUGAGAAAUUUGCUGUGAACAGCUUUGAGCAGCUCUGCAUCAACUUGGCCAAUGAGCACCUGCAGCAGUUCUUUGUGCGGCACGUGUUCAAGCUGGAGCAGGAGGAGUACGACCUGGAGAGCAUUGACUGGCUGCACAUCGAGUUCACUGACAACCAGGACGCCCUAGACAUGAUCGCCAACAAGCCCAUGAACAUCAUCUCCCUCAUCGACGAGGAGAGCAAGUUCCCCAAGGGCACCGACACCACUAUGUUGCAUAAGCUCAAUUCCCAGCACAAACUCAACGCCAACUAUGUGCCCCCGAAGAACAACCAUGAGACCCAGUUUGGCAUCAACCACUUUGCAGGGAUCGUCUACUAUGAGACCCAAGGUUUCCUGGAGAAGAACCGGGACACCCUGCAUGGGGACAUAAUCCAGCUGGUCCACUCCUCCCGGAAUAAGUUCAUCAAGCAGAUCUUCCAAGCCGAUGUCGCCAUGGGCGCCGAGACCAGGAAGCGCUCGCCCACGCUUAGCAGCCAGUUCAAGCGGUCGCUGGAGCUGCUCAUGCGCACCCUGGGCGCCUGCCAGCCCUUCUUCGUGCGCUGCAUCAAGCCUAAUGAGUUCAAGAAGCCCAUGCUAUUUGACAGGCACCUGUGUGUGCGGCAGCUGCGCUACUCGGGCAUGAUGGAGACAAUCCGGAUCCGCCGUGCGGGCUACCCCAUCCGCUACAGCUUUGUGGAGUUUGUGGAGCGCUACCGUGUGCUGCUGCCUGGUGUGAAGCCAGCCUACAAGCAGGGAGACCUCCGGGGGACAUGCCAGCGCAUUGCUGAGGUGGUGCUGGGCACCUAUGAUGACUGGCAGAUUGGCAAAACCAAGAUCUUUCUGAAGGACCACCAUGACAUGCUACUAGAGGUGGAGCGGGACAAGGCCAUCACUGACAGGGUCAUUCUCCUCCAGAAGGUCAUCCGGGGGUUCAAAGACAGGUCCAACUUCCUGAAGCUGAAGAAUGCUGCCACACUGAUUCAGAGGCACUGGCGGGGCCACCACUGCAGGAGGAACUAUGAGUUGAUGCGCCUGGGCUUCCUGCGGCUGCAGGCCCUGCAUCGCUCCCGGAAGCUGCACCAACAGUACCACCUGGCCCGCCAGCGCAUCAUAGAGUUCCAGGCCCGAUGCCGGGCCUAUCUGGUGCGCAAGGCCUUCCGCCACCGCCUCUGGGCUGUACUUACUGUGCAGGCAUAUGCCCGUGGCAUGAUUGCCCGCAGGCUACACCGGCGCCUCAGGGCCGAGUACCUGCGGCGCCUUGAAGCAGAGAAGAUGCGGCUGGCAGAAGAGGAAAAGCUGCGGAAGGAGAUGAGCGCCAAGAAGGCCAAGGAGGAGGCGGAGCGCAAGCACCAGGAGCGCCUGGCCCAGCUGGCCCGUGAGGAUGCGGAACGGGAGCUGAAGGAGAAGGAGGAGGCACGGCGGAAGAAGGAGCUGCUGGAACGAAUGGAGCGGGCCCGCCACGAGCCCAUCAACCACUCGGACAUGGUGGACAAGAUGUUUGGCUUCCUGGGGACUUCGGGUGGCCUGCCAGGCCAGGAGGGCCAGGCACCAAGUGGCUUUGAGGACCUGGAGCGAGGGCGGAGGGAGAUGGUGGAGGAAGACUUGGAUGCAGCCCUGCCACUGCCUGACGAGGACGAGGAGGACCUCUCCGAGUACAAAUUCGCCAAGUUUGCUGCCACCUACUUCCAGGGCACGACAACACACUCCUACACGCGGCGGCCGCUCAAACAGCCGCUGUUGUACCAUGAGGACGAGGGUGACCAGCUGGCGGCACUGGCAGUCUGGAUCACCGUCCUCCGGUUCAUGGGGGACCUCCCAGAGCCCAAGUACCACACAGCCAUGAGUGAUGGCAGUGAGAAGAUCCCCGUGAUGACCAAGAUCUAUGAGACCCUGGGCAAGAAGACGUACAAAAGGGAGCUGCAGGCCCUACAGGGCGAGGGGGAGGCCCAGCUCCCUGAAGGGCAGAAGAAGAGCAGCGUGAGGCACAAGCUGGUACACUUGACCUUGAAGAAGAAGUCUAAGCUCACAGAGGAGGUGACCAAGAGGCUGCAUGAUGGGGAGUCCACAGUGCAGGGCAACAGCAUGCUGGAGGACCGGCCCACCUCCAACCUGGAGAAGCUGCACUUCAUCAUCGGCAACGGCAUCUUGCGGCCCGCGCUGCGGGAUGAGAUCUACUGCCAGAUCAGCAAGCAGCUCACCCACAACCCGUCCAAGAGCAGUUAUGCCCGUGGCUGGAUCCUUGUGUCACUCUGUGUGGGCUGCUUUGCCCCCUCAGAGAAGUUUGUCAAGUUCCUUCGGAACUUCAUUCAUGGCGGACCACCUGGCUAUGCCCCCUACUGUGAGGAACGGCUGAGGAGGACCUUCGUCAACGGGACACGGACACAGCCACCCAGCUGGCUGGAGCUGCAGGCCACCAAGUCCAAGAAGCCCAUCAUGUUGCCUGUGACAUUCAUGGAUGGGACCACCAAGACCCUGCUGACAGACUCAGCAACCACAGCCAAGGAGCUGUGCAAUGCCCUGGCUGACAAGAUCUCUCUCAAGGACCGGUUUGGGUUCUCACUCUAUAUCGCCCUGUUUGAUAAGGUGUCCUCCCUAGGCAGUGGCAGUGACCAUGUCAUGGACGCCAUUUCCCAGUGUGAGCAGUAUGCCAAGGAGCAGGGCGCCCAAGAGCGCAAUGCACCAUGGAGGCUCUUCUUUCGCAAAGAGGUCUUCACACCCUGGCACAACCCCUCAGAGGACAACGUGGCCACCAACCUCAUCUACCAGCAGGUGGUUCGAGGGGUCAAGUUUGGAGAGUACAGGUGUGAAAAGGAAGAUGACCUGGCCGAGCUGGCCUCCCAGCAGUAUUUUGUGGACUAUGGCUCAGAAAUGAUCCUGGAGCGCCUCCUGAACCUUGUGCCCACCUACAUCCCUGACCGCGAGAUCACACCCCUGAAGACGCUUGAGAAGUGGGCCCAGUUGGCCAUUGCUGCCCACAAGAAGGGGAUUUAUGCACAAAGGAGAACGGAUGCCCAGAAGGUCAAAGAAGAUGUAGUCAAUUAUGCCCGCUUCAAGUGGCCCUUGCUCUUCUCCAGGUUUUAUGAAGCCUACAAAUUCUCAGGUCCCAGCCUCCCUAAGAAUGAUGUCAUUGUGGCUGUCAACUGGACAGGCGUCUACUUUGUGGAUGAGCAGGAGCAAGUGCUUCUGGAGUUGUCCUUCCCAGAGAUCAUGGCUGUGUCCAGCAGCAGGGAGUGCCGUGUCUUGCUCUCGCUGGGCUGCUCUGACUGGGACUGUGCUGAGACUCCCUCCGGCCGGGCAGGACUGACCCCGGCCGGGCCCUGUUCUCCAUGUUGGUCCUGCAGGGGAGCAAAACUGACAGCCCCCAGCUUCACACUGGCCACCAUGAAGGGCGACGAGUACACCUUCACAUCCAGCAAUGCUGAGGACAUCCGUGACCUGGUGGUCACUUUCCUGGAGGGACUCCGGAAGAGGUCUAAGUAUGUGGUGGCCCUCCAGGACAACCCUAACCCUGCUGGUGAGGAUUCGGGCUUCCUCAGCUUCGCCAAGGGAGACCUUAUCAUCCUGGACCAUGACACCGGCGAGCAGGUCAUGAACUCAGGCUGGGCCAAUGGCAUCAAUGAGAGGAACAAGCAGCGUGGGGACUUCCCCACAGACUGCGUAUACGUCAUGCCCACUGUCACCAUGCCACCACGGGAGAUAGUGGCUCUGGUCACCAUGACCCCCGAUCAGAGGCAGGAUGUCAUCCGCCUCCUGCAGCUGCAUACAGUGGAGCCUGAGGUGCGCAGCAAGCCCUACACACUGGAGGAAUUUUCUUACGACUACUUCAGACCCCCGCCCAAGCACACACUGAGCCGUGUCAUGGUGUCCAAGGCCCGAGGCAAGGACCGGCUGUGGAGCCACACACGGGAACCGCUCAAGCAAGCGCUGCUCAAGAAGAUUCUGGGCAGUGAGGAGCUGUCACAGGAGGCCUGCAUGGCCUUCAUUGCUGUGCUGAAGUACAUGGGCGACUACCCCUCCAAGAGGGCACGCUCCGUCAGUGAGCUCACUGACCAGAUCUUUGAGGGGGCCCUGAAGGCUGAGCCCCUGAAGGACGAGGCCUAUGUGCAGAUCCUGAAGCAGCUAACAGACAACCACAUCAGGUACAGCGAGGAGCGGGGCUGGGAGCUGCUCUGGCUGUGCACUGGCCUUUUCCCCCCAAGCAACAUCUUGCUGCCUCAUGUGCAGCGCUUUCUGCAGUCCCGCAAGCAUUGCCCACUGGCCAUCGACUGCCUGCAGCGGCUCCAGAAAGCCCUGAGAAAUGGGUCCCGGAAGUACCCUCCACACCUGGUAGAGGUGGAGGCUAUCCAGCACAAAACCACUCAGAUUUUCCACAAGGUCUACUUCCCAGAUGACACCGAUGAGGCCUUUGAGGUGGAGUCCAGCACCAAGGCCAAGGACUUCUGCCAGAACAUAGCCGCCCGGCUGCUUCUCAAGUCUUCCGAGGGCUUCAGCCUCUUCGUCAAAAUUGCAGACAAGGUUAUCAGCGUCCCUGAGAAUGACUUCUUCUUUGACUUCGUUCGACACCUGACAGACUGGAUAAAGAAAGCACGGCCCAUCAAGGACGGAAUCGUGCCCUCGCUCACCUACCAGGUGUUCUUCAUGAAGAAAUUGUGGACCACGACAGUGCCAGGCAAGGACCCGAUGGCUGAUUCCAUCUUCCACUAUUACCAGGAGUUGCCUAAGUACCUCCGAGGCUAUCACAAGUGCACACGAGAGGAGGUCCUGCAGCUGGGCGCGCUGAUCUACAGGGUCAAAUUUGAGGAGGACAAAUCCUACUUCCCCAGUAUCCCUAAGCUGCUAAGGGAGCUGGUACCUCAGGACCUCAUCCGACAGAUUUCACCUGAUGACUGGAAGCGGUCGAUUGUUGCCUACUUCAACAAGCACGCAGGAAAGUCCAAGGAGGAGGCCAAGCUGGCCUUCCUGAAGCUCAUCUUCAAGUGGCCCACGUUCGGCUCCGCCUUCUUUGAGGUUAAGCAAACUACAGAGCCAAACUUCCCUGAGAUCCUCUUAAUUGCCAUCAACAAGUAUGGGGUCAGCCUCAUUGAUCCCCGAACCAAGGACAUCCUGACCACUCACCCCUUCACCAAGAUCUCGAACUGGAGCAGCGGCAACACCUACUUCCACAUCACCAUUGGGAACUUGGUGCGCGGGAGCAAGCUGCUCUGUGAGACGUCCCUGGGGUACAAGAUGGAUGACCUCCUGACCUCCUACAUUAGCCAGAUGCUCACAGCCAUGAGCAGACAGCGGGGCUCUAGGAGUGGCAAGUGACGGGAGGAGGCUGCGGCUCUGGCCUGCUUUCCAGGUGGCAUGGGCUAAGAUCCAUCAGCUGACCCUGGAACCUGGGAAGACCUCUGGCAUCCAGGCAGGAGGCUGUGCUGGCCUCUACCACUGACUGCGCCCUCUGGGCCACUGGCCUGUUUUCCACUGAAGUUGGAAUGUCCUUCUGUGCAUCUUUGGCAACCGGAGUGGCUCCCACCCUGGCUGGCUGUGGCCUUUGCAGUAUAACCACCUGCACACCUGGACAUGCAGACCAGCUCCACCCCUGCUAUGACUUUCCCUGUACCAUGGGGGCAGAGGAAUUCAGGGGACAACCUGUCUCUUACUACUGGGCACUACCAAACCACUGUGCAUUGAACAGGAUCCUCUGAAAUCCACGGGACUUGCUGCUUCUCUCAGGUCAAGCACUGUCAGCUGGGUGAGGAGGGCAGACCCCUUUUGUACAUGGAGUUUGAGUUCUGGGUCCUUGCUCAAGUUGCCCUGUUCAUCUCAGGACAUAAAGCAUG